CCUCGCUCACAACUCAUUUACAUGUGCGGAACGAGAGAACUGGCUGGAACCAGAUCUCUUUAUCCCCUCCCUCCGCCGUUAUUUCAUUUCAGUUUGUGACACACAGAGCAUUUUUUUGUACUUGUUUUUUAAAAUGCAAGUCCCCACGUGUGCGUGUUUGGGGGUAUAUGCACGUGGGGAUAUGUUACGAAAGUUCAGUAACUCAUUGAGGCUGCGCGCGACACGAGCCGGUUUUACUGCAGCGAUAGUGAAGCGAAGAAAGGAGUACUGCGCUUCCGUCUGAAACUGCACACAGGACAUGGCACUGUGUGGGGUCAAGGGGGCGCGUUUCUUGGGGCCUAAUGUGUACCCAGAAGCCCCUGAUGGAGGCUGGGGAUGGGUGGUGGCCAUGGUGUUCUUCGUGGUGGAAGUCUUCACCUAUGGCACCAUCAAGAUCUUCGGUAUCUUCCUCCAGGACCUAAUGGAGGAGUUUGGGGAGACCAACAGUCGGAUCUCCUGGAUUGUUGCCAUCUGCAUAUUUGUCAUGACCUUUAAUGGUCCUCUCUCCUCUGUGAUGACGAACCGCUUUGGGUAUCAGUUCGUUGUUAUGACUGGAGGAUUUCUUAUUGCCUCGGGUACCAUUGCAACCAGCUUUACCAGCUCCAUCAAUCAAAUGUACAUCACCUAUGGAGUAGUUGCAGGUCUGGGCUACUGUCUGACCUUCCUGCCCACUGUGACCAUCCUGGCUCAGUAUUUCACUCGUCGGCGGUCUCUGGUCACAGCUGUGGCUUCCACUGGAGAGUCCCUGUCCAUGUUUGCGCUAGCACCAGCCUUUUCUGUAUUGAAGGGCCACAUUGGCUGGCGACAUACCAUGGCAGUUAUAGGAGCUUUGCAAGGUACCAUCAUCAUCUUUGGUGCUCUGCUUCGGCCAAUCAUUAUCAAACCCAGAGCAACCCAUGAGACUGACGGAUCAUCCCUAAAGGAGCUGGAAGCCCUCAGUACACCAGUGAAUGUAGAGAGCACGAACCCAGAGGACUCUUUAAUAAACAAUACCUCAAAUGCACAAAAUACCUCCCACUGUGUGGACAAUGAGCUGAGCAGAGGCUCUUCGAGCACUGGAGACUCUGGCGUCCAGUCUCUGAAAGACACAGAUGACAGCAGCCAAGAGAAGACUUUACCGCACAAAGAAGCGAGGAAAUGUGUGGAAAACGGCGAGGCAGCGAUUACUGGGUUUAAAACAGAGAAGGAAAAGAGCGAAGUGAUGAAAGCUGAGGAAAUGAAAUCGGGUGAUGGAAAGCAGUCUGCAAAGAAUUCAAAACUUAUAGAUUUCUCCAUCCUCAGAGAGCAUAGCUUCAUCCUCUAUUCUCUGUUCGGGCUGUUCGCCACGCUCGGCUUCUUCGCCCCUCCGCUCUACAUCAUCGAGCUGAGUGUGAGUCGAGGUGUGGACCGGGGCAAGGCCACCUACAUGCUCUCCAUCAUGGCUGUGGCUGAAAUCUUUGGCCGAUUCUCCAUCGGGUGGAUCCUGACGCGGGAGCGGUUCAGGAAAAAGAAGCUGCUCGUGCUUCUCGUAUGUGUGAUUAUAAUGACUGUGGAUCUGAUUGGAUUUGCUUUGGUUACGGAGUUCUACGGCCUGGCUGUGUGCUGCGCUUUCUAUGGGUUCUUUAUGGGAACCCUAGCAUGCACUCACAUCCCCAUGCUGGCCGAAGAUGAUGUGGUGGGCAUAGAGAAGAUGUCUUCAGCUGCUGGCGUCUAUGUGUUCAUACAAAGCUUUGCUGGGCUGGCUGGACCCCCACUUGGAGGUUUGCUGGUGGAUUUGACUCAGAACUAUGGAUCAGCCUUCUACUCCUGUGCAAUCGGCAUGGGAAUUAGUGCCGUGUUCCUGGGUUUGGUUAAACCUGCUAAGAAAGGAUUACUCUGUAGAAGGAGGAACUCAAAAUGUGCCAAAGACAAAUAUGAACGGGAAGGAGACUCCGAGGAAAAGAGUAGAGUGCAUGAACUGGACAAAAAGACGGACUGUCCACAGGAAUGCUCUGAAAUCGACAAGCGGGGGGCCUCGAAAGACGACCAGGAGGUUAUAUGUUUUGCUUGAGCUGAUUAGAUAACGGUAAUAAAAUCGAGUUAUAUAAAGACUACAGCUGGCAGAUGCUGAAGUGAAAUUAAUGCAAUGAAAAGAAAGACCAAAAGUGUUUAUGAUCUGUGGAUCUGGGCUAUGAGAGCAAUCGUUACAACUUUUACAUCACAAUAUGUAUGUAGCAAUUAUGCCUUACGUACCUGAUGUACCAAACAGUGUUUUUCUACACUAAAUACUCUUUACAUGUAAAAGGGUAUACUAUUACAUUAGCUUUAUGUGAGUAAAGAUUUUCAUGUAGUCUUGCUUGAGAUAUGGCUGGAAAGUAUGGACGUGUUCACAAUGGACCACGAGUUAUGCAACGUUAAUGAAGGUUCCUCAGUUUUGCAUAUUCCAGGAGCAAGACCUUAAACUGAAGCUGAAACUAAUUACUUGCUGUCAAUCAAUACCAUAAUGACGACUGUAAAAACUGUGACGCCAAUGAAGCUGUAAGAACGAUACAUUUGCACUAAUUCUUUAACUCUUGUUAGUGAAACUACAUAAAGCUCAGGGGAUCUUAUUAAAAAUGUUUUACUUUUAAUCAAAGUGUCACCAAGCUGACAAUGCACUGUUAUGUGAUGUGUUAUGUCAGAAUCACAUCUAUUUUUGUAAUGAAAAUGUGUUCAAUGAAUCACAAUAAAGAAAAAGUGAUUUGAGCAGGAGCCCCGCCCUCUGC